AUGUUUGAUAAAGUUUAUUUCUCAGAGGAGCCAGAACAUGUGACUAACAAGAAAAAUCCUAAUUCUCUAAAAUUUUAUGCAGCAAGCUCAGUUCUAGAAGGAGAAGAAAGUGCAACAAGUGAUUUCAGAGACAGAAAUGACACAGAGUUUGAAGAAGUACCAACAAUUUUUGGAGACCUGAAGACCACAGAAAGCAGCUUCAUCCAGGAUGGAGAAAUUGAAAAUGCCACUGCUUAUGAAGUUAACACAGAAAGUGUUGAUGGUGAACGGAGUGGGGAAACAGAGAAAACUGAUGAAGGUGGCCUGGGGACAAUUGCACUGCUUGGAAUAAUUAUUGGAAUCAUUGUUGCAGUUGGAAUCCUUGCAGGAAUAAUAAUUGCAGUUGUGAGGAAAAUGUCAGGCAGGUACUCGUAA